UGCUUUCGAGCAAAUAUGACUCGUCUGACGGUUGUGUUGACAUCACUUGUGAUCGCUGCAGCUGCUGUAUCGCAAAUACCAGAGCCUGGACAGCUGGCUCUUGUACUCAAUGAGGAAGAAUUUGAAGACUAUCUCGAUGCGUGGCUCGAGGUAGAAGAGCCCAAAUGGGCAAAUGCGACGGGUGAAAAUACUAGAAAUGGUUGCACAAUCAGAGUAAACGGUGAUCUUGGUCAACCACAACCUGUUUACAUACGCAACAACAACUACGUUGUCCCUACUGGAAACAGUGGUGUCAUCAACCUCAACACUGGAGAUCAAAUCCUCGUAGCGUGCACUGGAUCUGGGCGCACCAUUCAACAUCCUAACAUUCUGUCCUCAGUCCAGACUGCUACGGCCUCUUGUGUUAGUAACAAUUUGGUGUCCGGUUCUGGAUGGCUUAGUGGGAACGGUCAGUUUGGUCACCUUACUUGCUCAGCUCACGCCUUCCACGACGCUUUGGCAACUAAUGACCGCUGUUUCAAUAACAAUUUAGUUAUUAGGGUCGGUUUCAUCGUGAACAAUGUCUUUUAUCCAAAAUACUGGUCAUGCUUUGAUCAAAAUCGUUUGGAAGUUCUUUACGCAUGGUAUGAACAGAAUCCACAAAAUGCUGUCCACCAGUCUGGCGUCGAUAGACCGAGUUGGCUAGCUGGAAGUUUCUUCCCCGGCGUUGAUAUCAACAAUAGGUAUACUCAAGUCCAACAAAAGGCUACAAUCGCUAGACUUGUCGGACAAGAAUUAGCCGACAAAUAUGUAACAAGUCAUCAAUUUUUAUCCCGUGGUCAUCUUGCGGCCAAGACUGACUUCAUUUAUGCAACUGGUCAGCGUUCUUCCUUCUACUUCAUCAACGCUGCACCACAGUGGCAGCCAUUCAACGCUGGCAAUUGGAACUGGCUUGAACAAAACCUACGUCAACGUAUUGGUCAAGCUGGCUACAAUACUAUAGUCUACACCGGCACCUUCGGAGUGACCCAACUGCGAGACCAGAACAAUCGUCUGGUGGAUAUUUUCCUGCACACAGAUGCUAAUAACAACCCCCAAGUUCCAGUCCCGUUAUAUUUCUACAAGGUGGCAUACGACCCUGCUCGUCGUCUAGGAACAGCCUUUAUAAGCAUCAACAAUCCUUAUUAUACUGAAGCGGAAGUGCGGGCCCUAUCAUUCUGCACGGACAGGUGUCGUAACAACAACGCCUUCAAUUGGCUGAACUGGCAGCCAGACCGCAUUGAUCUAGGAUACAGUUUCUGCUGUACAGUUGCUGAGUUCAGGAGUGUGAUUCCUCACUUACCAAAUUUCGAUGUUAUUGGUCUUCUCACGUAAAACAUA